AUGCGUACCGCUCUCCUCGCUGCAAGUCUCUUCCCCGUCGUCUACGCCCACGCCGACAGCACCUCGUCGGCUGGGGCCCCCUCAGUCGACUUCUUUCUCGCGGCAGAUGGAAGCGGCAUGGGCCCUGGGGCCGUCAUCAUUGGAGGCACUCACCGCACGCAGGCCAUCGACGACGUCAUCGUCCCGGGCCCGGUGGUUAACGUCCCGCACCCCAAUCACAUCCCCGUGGUCGUUGACCCCACGGCGGUUAACGACCCGUCCACCAUUGUCGUCACCGUGGACCCUACCCCCUAUGACACUAGUAUCACCAUGGGCGAUAUGACGUGGGCCAGUUUUGCCACCGGGAAGACCACCAGCUACCCCAGCUACCCCAACAAGAAGACCACCAGGUCCCCCACCGCAACCUCUGUCCCUCCCCUCGCCGCCAGUGCCAUGGCUCCAUUUGCCACCGCGUCUUGGCCAUUCGCCUCCCCCUUUCCGGGAAUCAGUGACAGCAAGGUUCCCGCCUGGGGCUCCAGCUUCUCGGUCGGCCCUACCGCCGCCACUGCCGCCGGCCACAUUCCCUGCUACAAUGACGGAGCUAUUGGCUUCGCUCUGCUCGGAGCUGCCCUCUUCGCCUUCUAA